AUGACGGUAAGACGGAGAAGCCCUCCUGCUACUGGGCCAGCUAGUGGCAAGGAGAAUGGAACAAAAACCACCCCCAAGUUCCUUGAUGGCGCGUCGGACGAAUUCGAAUUCGGUGGUUCAAUUGGUGCUGCACUGUUGAUGACGGGGUUUCCUCUAGUGAUGUGGUACAUGUGGGUUGGUGCAACAUACUAUGGGGGCCAGCUUCCUCUGCCCGAGCCCGGCCAAACAUGGGCUGGUUUUGGUCGUCACUUGUGUCAACUGGUCUAUGACGGAGCCUAUCCAACCGGAAAAGCAUGGGCGAUCUAUUGGAUAUUCUUCAUCCUCGAAGCUGUCAUGUACUGCUACAUGCCCGGCGUUUCGAACUUCGGUCGACCAUUGAGACAUGAAGGUGGGAAGAGGCUUCCCUACUACUGCUCUGCCUAUUCCAGCUUCUAUGCGACACUUGCCAUUGCGGGCGUCCUGCAUGCCACUGGCGUGUUCCCUCUGUACACACUAAUCGACGAGUUUGGAUCCAUCAUGACUGUCGCUAUUCUGUCCGGAUUCCUGAACAGCUUCAUCGUGUACUUCCAAGCUAUCGUGCGCGGACGAACCCACAGAUUGUCCGGCUCUCCCAUCUAUGAUUUCUUCAUGGGCGCUGAGCUGAAUCCACGCAUUGGUAUUCUGGACUUUAAAAUGUUCUACGAGGUCCGAAUUCCCUGGUUUAUCCUGUUCCUCAUCACCUGCUCCGUGGCUGCUCGUCAAUACGAAACAUAUGGCUACGUCUCAGCCGAGGUAGUCUUCUUGGCUGGAGCCCAUUACUUGUACACCAAUGCUUGUGCUAAGGCUGAGCAAAUGAUUAUUACAAGCUGGGACAUGUACUUUGAGAAGCUGGGAUUCCUGCUCACCUUCUGGAACAUGGCCGGUGUGCCAUUUACCUACUGCCACUGUGCGCUCUACUUAGCCAACCACGACCCAGCCGAGUAUCAUUGGAACUCGUACGCGCUCGGGGUGUUUGCCGCAUUGUACAUCUUCUUCUACUGGAUGUGGGAUAGCGCCAACGGCCAGAAGAACGCAUUUCGCCACAAGGAAAAAGGCCAGCUUGUCAAACGCAACACCUUUCCUCAAGUUCCGUGGCAGGCUAUCGAAAACCCCAAGACAAUUCAAACAGACACGGGCGAUCACAUCAUGGUCGAUGGCUGGUUUGCAAUCAUCCGAAAGCCAAAUUAUGUCCCUGACAUGUUCUUCUCUAUGUCCUGGGGACUGAUUACUGGUUUCAAGAGCCCAUUCCCGUGGUUCUACUUUGUUUUCUUCAUGAUCAUGAUCAUCCAUCGCACCAACAGAGAUAUCAACAGAUGCCGUAGAAAGUACGGUGAGGCCUGGAAGCGCUAUGAAAAAGAGGUCCCCUACCUGUUCAUUCCAUAUGUGGUUUAA